AUGUCUUCCAGCGCAGUUUCCAUUGCGGCCACUGCUUCUGCUACUGCCAUCAGCCACGCCACCGUUGCUGGCAGCAUUCUCGUCAUUGCCAAAGACACUGCAUCGGCCAAUAUUGCCUCCUCCGGACUCAAUGCCUAUGGUAUUCCUUUCACCACCCUUGUGGUUCCGCAAGCCGGUGUCGCUCUUCCCGCUCUCAACAGCAGCAGCGGCGGAAACUUCGGCGGUAUUGUGGUUGCAUCCGAAGUCAGCUAUGAUUAUGGAGCGGCUGGCUACCAGAGUGCCUUGACCGCUGACCAGUGGAAUCAGCUGUACGCUUACCAGCUGGAGUAUGGUGUCCGCAUGGUUCAGUAUGAUGUCUAUCCCGGUCCGGCCUUCGGUGCUACAGUUGUUGCAGGUGGAUGCUGUGACACUGGCGUGGAGCAAGAGAUCUCUUUCAGUGAUGUUAGCGACUUCCCCACCUCUGGUCUCCGUACUGGUGCUGGUGUCAGCACUCAGGGUCUGUGGCAUUACCCGGCUACCAUCAGCAACACCACCUCCACCAAGGAGAUUGCGUCCUUCGCUGCUAACUCGGUGACCGCGGACAAGUCUACUGCCGCGGUCAUCAACAACUUCGAUGGACGCCAGCAGAUGGUCUUCUUCAUCGGCUUCGACACAACCUGGAGUGCCACUUCCAACUACCUGCAACAUGCCUGGAUUACUUGGAUUACUCACGGUCUGUACGCCGGAUAUCGCCGUGUCAACCUGAACACUCAGAUUGAUGACAUGUUCUUGGAGACCGAUAUCUACCAACCCAGCGGCACAACCUUCCGUAUCCGCAAUGAGGACCUGGACAAUGUCCGGAACUGGAUCGCAACCAUCAAUGCCAAGAUGAACGCCGGUAGUACCUACUUCCCCGAAGUUGGCCACAACGGAAAUGGCAACAUCGAGAAUUCUUCCAACACUGAUGCUGGUUGGACUAUCUGCAACGAAGGGGCUAUUGAGUAUGACUCGCCUGCGGACACUGCUCUGGAGUAUGAGAAGCCUCUGGGUACUGGUACCAACCUGUGGCCCACCACGCCCACCACCUAUACUUGGACCACCGCUUGCACUACGCGCGACCCUCUAUUGACCUGGUGGACUACCGCUGCCAACCUCAACAGCUUUGCCUCGAUCUCUCACACCUUCACCCACGAGGAGCAGAACAAUGCCACCUACUCGGAUAUCUACAAGGAGAUCAGCUUCAACCAGGCUUGGUUGAAGCAGAACGGUAUCGAUCAGGCUACGCACUUCACUGCCAACGGUAUCAUCCCUCCCGCGAUUACUGGUCUGCACAACGGCGACGCCCUCCGAGCCUGGUGGGACAACGGCAUCAAGAACUGCGUCGGCGACAACACUCGCCCUGCUCUGCUGAACACUGUGAACGCCAUGUGGCCCUACUGGACCGUGGUUUCCACGGAUGGCUUCGCCGGCAUGCAGGUCAACCCUCGCUGGGCCACUCGCAUCUACUACAACUGCGACACUCCCGCCUGCACGGUUGCGGAGUGGAUCGCCACCUCCGCUGGCAGCGGCACCUUUGAUGACCUGCUCGCCACCGAGAAGGCCGAUACCAUGCGUCACCUUUUCGGUCUUCACCGGGAUGGCUACAUGUUCCACCAGGCUAAUCUGCGCAAUGCGGAUGUGGCCGCGAUCACCAUCAACGGCGUCUCGGCCAAGUACUCCAUCUUCCAGGCCUGGGUUGAAACUCAGGUGCAGGAGUUUGUCCGCCUGGUAAAGUGGCCUCUGGUCACCCUCAAGCACGCUGAUAUGUCCGCUGCAUUCCUGGCGCGCUACAACCGUGAUGCCUGUGGCUACUCUCUCAGCUACACCACUCAAAACCAAAAGAUCACCGCUGUGACCGUCUCCGCGACCGGAAACACUUGCAGCGAGCCCAUCCCUGUGACGUUCCCCACUGCCCCGACCAGCACCCAGGGCUUCACCACCGAGCAGCUCGGCAGCGACCCGACCACCGUCUGGGUUAAGCUCUCGGGCUCGCCGGUGACCUUCACCCUCUCCACUCCCAUUUCCCUGGUCUAA